UGGUCAAAAGGGGGCGUGGCCUCUCGCUGUCAUGGCGGCGCCCAUGGUGGACGCCCCUCAGGGGGUCCCCGAGCCCCCCGGGACCCCUCCGGACGCGGCCCCGGCGCAGCCCGAGGAGGAGGAGCUCGAUUUCCCCCAGUACGAACUGGGCCGCCCCCCCCGCCCGGUUUGGGGAGCGCGGGAGGAAUUCGCGAAGCGCCCCGAAAAUUAUCUGCGAGGCUGCAAAUGGGCCCCCGACGGCUCCUGCGUCCUCACCUGCAGCAACGACAACGCCCUGAGGAUCUUCGACCUCCCCCUCCCCCCGGGACCCCCCCCGGGGGCGCCCCUCCCCCAGCUGCUCCCGGCCGUGCAGGUGGCCGAAGGUGACACCAUCUACGACUUCACCUGGUACCCCCUGAUGGACUCCAGCGACCCCCCCAGCUGCCUGGUGGCCGCCAGCAGCCGGGACAGCCCCGUGCACCUCUGGGACGCCUUCGACGGGACCCUGCGGGGGUCGUUCCGUGCCCACAACCACCUGGACGAGCCCGUGGCCCCCCACUCGUUGGCCUUCGCCCCCGACGGCUCCCGGCUCCUGGGGGGCUUCGACGGCGCCGUGCGCGAGUUCCCGACCGAGCGGCCGGGCCGGGGCGGCCUGCAGAGGAACCUGCACCAGGGCGGGCAUGGCCAGCGAGGCCUGAUUGGCUGCCUGGCCUUCAGCCCCAGCCAAUCGCUGUUCGCCUGCGGCUCCUAUGGGCGGAGCCUGGGGCUGUACCCGCUGGAAGGGGGCGGGGCCGUGGCGCUCUGGCCCCGCCUCCCAGCCGCGCCCACUCACCUGCGCUUCAGCCCCUGCGGGACUUACCUGUACGCGGGCGGGAGGAAGGACCGCCACAUCCUGUGCUGGGACCUUCGUGUCCCCGAGCGUCCCCUCCUGGCGCUGCCGCGGCGCGUGGCCACCAACCAGCGCGUGACCUUUGACCUCGACCCGUCGGGGCGGUUCCUGGUCAGCGGUGACACCGAUGGCUUUGUCACCGUCUGGGACACGCUGGCCCCUCCCCCCGGCCAGGGGGACCCCCCCGAGCUGCCCCCCCUGCUUCGCUUCCGCGCCCUCCGCGACUGCGUCAACGGCGCCAGCCUGCACCCCGGGCUGCCGCUGCUGGCCACGGCCUCGGGCCAGCGCCUGUUCCCGGCGCCGUGGGACAGUGACGGUGACAGCGAGGGGACCGAGGAGGGGCCGGCCCCGGGAGGGGACAUCCGGCUGCAGCUCUGGUGGUGGGGACCCGAGGACAGCGGGGACAGCGGCUGGGACCUCCCUGGGGACAGCGGGACCGGAGAUUGUCACCUCCCCGGGGACAGCAGGACUGGAGAUUGUCACCUCCCUGGGGACAGCGAGGGUCACAUCCCCGGGGACAGUGGGACCGGAGAUUGUCACCUCCCUGGGGACAGCAAUUGUCACCUCCUUGGGGACAACGAGGGUCACAUCCCUGAGGACAGUGGGACCGGAGAUUGUCACCUCCCCGGGGACAGCGAUUGUCACCUCCCCGGGGACAGCGGGACCGGAGAUUGUCACCUCCCUGGGGACAGCAGGACCGGAGAUCGUCACCUCCCUGGGGACACCGAUUGUCACCCCUCUGGGGACACCAGGACUGGCGAUUGUCACCUCUAUGGGAGCACCGAGUGUCACCUCCCCGGGGACACCGGGACUGGAGAUUGUCACCUCCCUGGGACACCAAUUGUCACCCCUCUGGGGACACUGGGACUGGAGAUUGUCACCUCCCCGGGGACACUGGGACUGGCUGUUGUCACAUCCCUGGGGGACACUGAGUGUCACCUCCCUGGGGACACCGAUUGUCACUCCUCUGGGGACACUGGGACUGGAGAUUGUCACCUCCCUGGGGACACCAGGACUGGCAAUUGUCACCUCUCUGGGAGCACCGAGUGUCACCUCCCUGGGGACACCAGGACUGGCAAUUGUCACCUCUCUGGGAGCACCGAGUGUCACCUCCCUGGGGACACCGGGACUGGAGAUUGUCAGCCCCUGGGGACACUGUGACCACUGGCUGUCACCUCCUUGGGGACACUGGACUGGCCAUUGUCACCCCUUUGGGGACACCGAUUGUCACCUCCUUGGGGACGGCAGUUGUCACCCACCCCGGGGACAGUGACUGUCACCUUUGGGGACACAGCUGUCACCCUUGGGGACCCCUGGAGGGUCACAGCCCCCCCUGGGGACCCCAAAUGUCACCCCCAGGCCUCGGUUGUACUAAAGGCGUUGUGACUGUCA